GUUUGUUGUCCGCCAUGUUUCUUGUCGUUUGUCUCCUUGCAGGAAAACUCGCCCCAGAUCCCAGGCUUGGUUACACAAUUAGUUAAGAUGGCGACUGGAAAGUUGCCGCAAACGGCAUUGAAUUUGAAGCAGGUAUAAAUGUUCUUGUUUAUAUGUAAUGGCCCUUUCUCUGAUUUGCAGAUAGCUAGAUAACAAAAUUUUUGUCCAAAUAGUUCUUUCUUAGACGACAAGUUUUGACCCUCUACAGACAAAUUCUCCGAACUUUGCGAGAAGUGCCGGAUGAAGAUCACAAGAAAGAGCUUGCAGAUUGGGCAAGAGCAGAAUUCAAGAAAAACAAACAUGAAAAAGAUGAGGUAUUGUAAACUCAGAUUAACGCUUUCUAAUACUUNGCAUUGAGUUUGAAGCAGGUAUAAAUGUUCUUGUUUAUAUGUAAUGGCCCUUUCUCUGAUUUGCAGAUAGCUAGAUAACAAAAUUUUUGUCCUAAUAGUUCUUUCUUAGACGACAAGUUUUGACCCUCUACAGACAAAUUCUUCGAACUUUGCGAGAAGUGCCGGAUGAAGAUCACAAGAAAGAGCUUGCAGAUUGGGCAAGAGCAGAAUUCAAGAAAAACAAACAUGAAAAAGAUGAGGUAUUGUAAACUCAGAUUAACGCUUUCUAAUACUUAUACAUGUGGUUUGACCAUAGAGUGCACGGCUACUUAAAAGCUAUGCCUCAAAAGUGCAGAGAUUCUAUAUCAUAUGCCAACUUCUGCAAUCAUUUGGAACCCAAUUCCUAACGAAUUUCGUCAACUAUCCAAAGGAGCUUUUAAAAAAAAUUUUCAUGACUUUUUGCUCUCGAUAAUGGAAGCAGAGGACGAUUAUGUUGAAGUGCCCUUUCUCUUACAAAAAAUAGCAAAUUCUGCAUCCUCGACUCAAUGCAUUAAUAAUCGAUAGGUUCUGUUAGAAGUAAAUUUGAUUGUAGUAUUAUUCUGUAAGACUAUAUAUUUUGUAACUUUAGCUUGUUUUUCUGUAAUUCUUAUUUAUCCACAUAGUUUAUAUAGUUACUUUACAUUAUUAUCUGUUAUGACUGCUGUAAUCUUUCCUCGCCGCCCGCCUCGUCUAGCUUUUGCUAUUUUGUGGGCGGAGAUGGCAAAAUGAUGUAUAUGAAAUAAAGUAUAGUGUAUGUGUGUUUUAUGGAAAUUUUUUCUUCUACAUUACCCUUGCCCCCAGGCACAAGACUAAGUCACUGACUCAUGCUUUCUCGCUUAAGUAAUCUAUUCUUUUAAAAAAGCAUUUCAUAUUCCAUAUUUGCUGAAAAUGGGCUGUACUGCCCAUUGCAGAUUAUAUUGUAGAAGCUGCUUUUUUUAACAUCAAAUAAGUCACUAUUUUUGUCCCCAAAGAAUGCAUACAUAUAUUAUAUAUAUAUUUCAUAUUCUUAGAUUGUCAUCAAAAUGAUGCUUUCCCAAGGUCGCCUUACACUGCAAGAAAUUUCAUCUGCAAUAAACCUUGCCAAGUGA